AUGAGUUUCCAACAAGAAAAUAAGGAGAAUAUGGAAGAGUUCAUGUUAAAAAGAAAAGAUAUUAUGGAGAGAUUAACUGAACCAUUUCAACUAACUGAAAAAUUAAUAGUGACCUUUGAAUUACAGGAUUAUAUUGGUGAUUUGUCUCAUUUUUGGAAAAUAUUUCAGAUAACAAAUUCAUUCUGUGCUCACUGUAUGAGUAAUUAUCCGAAACUUAAAUUCAUUCAGGAAAAAACAAAACAAAGGAGAAGCAUUUCUACCUUAAUAGCUGACUCUUCAAAUAAGACACAUGGUGUGGGUAUUUCAUUGCUAAAUUGUUUUGGGGAAUAUGAGAAAAAUUGUAAUGCUACAACCACUUGUGAUGUGUUACAUACAUUGAAGGGAAGUAUUGAAGAAAUAAUUAAUUUAUUAGAAAAUAUUGAUGGAAUUGAUCAUGAAAUGAUAACAGAAAUUCAACAAGAAGUUUUACAGAAAGGGGAUGUUUCAAUAUUAAGUGGAGGUCACACAAGAUUAUUCCUUUUGAAUUAUCAAAAGUGGAUUCCACAACUAUCCAAUCUUCUGAAAGAAAAUAGUGAUAUUUCACAAAGAAGGAAGCAAAUAUAUGAAAGAUUUGAAUACGGAAAGGAUAAUUUAGAGUGGAUUUUGUUCCUUAUGAGUUUAAUAUCAAAAAUGGCCUAUAGAUCAGAAUAUAACAAGAAACCAUAUGAGGUUGCAUUUAUUGAAACACUAACCUGCUUGUUAUAUAUUUCUUUGAAAUCUAGAUAUGGAGAUGAAUUCAUGACGAAACAUUUUCAUGGUUUAUUAAUUCAUUUCCCUCAAGACUUUGAAAGAACAUUUCAAAGAUUAUGUUCUUGUGAAAGAGGCGAGUUUUUAAUUUCUAUUCUAAAACGAGUAUCUCUUACAGAAUCAAACAGAAGUCAAGAUAAUGCCUUACUUGCAAUGGUUUUAUCAGUUACAGCACAUUUAGAAAGAUUGUUGAGUGGUGAAAAAGAUAAUUAUGUUGAUAAUUCCAAAAUGUUUGAUAAUAUUGAUAUAUCGGAUUGUAAUUUUGUUAUUAGUGGAAAUGUACUGAAAUCGAAGUAUUUGCCAGAACUAGAAUGGUUUUUGGAAUAUUUAAAAUCCAAAAAAUUGGAUGAAUAUGUUAAGGUAGAACGUAAUCAACAAAAAAUAAUAACCUCAAUUGAGUUUUGCUUUUCAAAUGAAUGGGAAUUUUGCUCUUUGGAUUGUAAUUCGUUGAUUUAUGAUUCUGCACGUGCUCCAAUUGUUGAUGCUGCAGAGAAUAAUUCAAAUAGAGAGAAAUGCCAAUGUGGUAAACCUUGUAAUCAAAACUGUACUAGUAAUAUUGUGAAACAUUGUAACAAAUGUUGCCAUAUCCAACAAUAUCAAGAUUCUUCCAAUAGAAAAGAUUGUAAAGCCCACAGAAUCUCAAAGAAAGAGUUUGUUGAAAAAUAUUUAGUAUCUGAAUCGGAAGGAAUGAAAGCUAUUAAUUCAAAAAAAGCAAAAGAAAGAAAAAUUAAGGAUCAAUUAAAUGAAAUUGCAGUGAGGUUGAAAUCAGAACUAGAGAAAGAGGAAGAAUCGACGCAUAAAAGACGAAAGAACGAUGAAUCAUUUCAGAAAAGGAAGAAAUCUAAAAAGGAGAACAGUAUUUUAGAUGUAAAUAAUUCAAAAUCAAAUGACUUGAUUGUGAAUAAUUUAAUUUCGUCACAAAACCAUACUCAAACAACCAAUUCUACUCAAUUAACACUAAGUGCAGACACAGAAAUCAACUCCCAACCUAAUUUUUCUCAAUCACAACACCAAGAAUCUCAAAUAAUUGACACUGGCACCACCAAAAACACAAGUUCAAGAAGGAAAGGUAGACGAAAAUAA